AAGGAGACAUGAAGGGCUGGACAUCACAAAUGUGAGAGGAAAGUAACAGAGAGAGUGUGACACAAGGAGGAGAAAGGGAGGAGUAGAGGAAGGACUGCACUUCUCUCAUUGGAUCUGCCCGGCUCUUUCUUGGCUAACAGUUACUGCUCUCUGUUCUCCAAUAUCAAACUGUUCAGACCCAGCAAGAAGCUCAACGACCCUCCAGACCAUUGUACUGCGCCACCUCACAGUCAGCACCAUUUACUUCCACAGGGAGCUGCGACUGACUACUCCAUUUAUUGGGAUUCAUCAAAAACUUUUACAAACUUUUCCUAGAUUUUUGUUUGUGUAGGAGGUAGGAAGACCAUGUCACCGAAGGGUGGCGUUUGGCCCUUGCUUCUGCUGUGGGUCACACCUGGGCUUCUUUCUCGAGAACCUCAACCAAGUGAGUAUGACUACGUAGGAUUCCAGCCAGAGAUGGUUCGUCACUACCAAACUGGAAGGUUUUAUUCCCGAACGCCUCAGUGCGUGGACAUUCCCCAGGAUUUAGCACUGUGCCAUGGAGUGGGGUACCACAAGAUGGUACUGCCCAACCUUCUCGACCAUGAGACCAUGGUAGAGGUGAAGUACCAAGCCAGCAGCUGGGUUCCUCUGCUGAGCAAGAACUGCCAUCCGGGCACACAGAUCUUCCUGUGCUCCCUCUUUGCCCCGGUAUGCCUGGAGCAGCCUCUCUACCCAUGCCGCUGGUUAUGUGAGGAGGUCCGAGAUGCUUGUGAGCCGGUCAUGCAGUACUUUGGCUUCCCCUGGCCCGAUAUGCUUCGCUGUGAUCAGUACCCACGGGAGGACGUUUGCAUUGCCUCACCAAAUGCCACCCAAGCCCCACGUCCACGAAAGUCGGAGGUGUGUCCACAGUGCGACAGCGAGAUAAAAGCCGAUUCUCUCUAUGAACACAUGUGCGCCAGUGAAUUUGCCCUGAAAGUUUCCAUCCGGGAGGUCAAGAAGGACAAUGGAGACCGCAAGUUGCUCCUACGUAAGAAGAAAGCACUGAAGAAAGGUCCUAUCCAGAAGAAGGACUGGGGAGAGCUUGUCCUCUUCUUGAAGAAUGGAGCGAAUUGUCCAUGUCCUCAGCUGGAGCAGUUGAGUGGUCAGUUCUUGGUCCUUGGUCGGAAAGUGAAGAACCAGCACAUUCUCACUGCCAUCCACAAAUGGGACAAAAGCAACCGAGAGUUUAACCGAUUCAUGCGUAAAGUGAAAAAGAGCAAGUGUCCAAAACCUCACUCUGUCUUCAUGUGAGGAUCCUUCCUCUUUAAAGACACAACAAGGUCUGAGGGGGCUGGGACUCUGCAGCAGAUCAGAGUGAUGAGAUGGCGCUGAGAGGGGAAGAAAAAAUUCACCCUCUCUCUAAAUCUUACAGACAUUGGGGAGGGGGCAUCUAAUGAUAGACUCUGGGACUGCCCAAAAACCACGGUAAUAAUUGUAAUUCACGAGAAGGAAAAUUAAUUGUGAAUUUCCAAGUCAUCCAGCGACAAAUCACCCCAGUCUAGUCUUAGAAUUAUCUAUUAACAAGGCUUCUAUCUCUUUUUACAUUAAAGAUCUUUCUUUAGUCACUAAUUCUAUAAUAAUUACAGGAGACACAUUCAUUCACUUAUCCAUUUGAUCUGGGUUGAAGUUUUUCCCACUGGCCAUAUGAUCAUGAAAUAUAGACGAUAUAUAUUCUACCAGCCAAGGGGUUGUCCAUAAACAGCACCACUCUUGGUAAUGUACUGUGUUUGGUAUUGCAGCUCAGGUUGUAGACCAAAGGAGCACCAGACUUAAAGGGGCAUUCCCACUUUAGACAGCAUGCUUGGCUCUUCCUGUUAAUGGGUUAGCAGCGGACAUGCAUGGCCAUUUCAUUCUCACUUGGAUGCAGGGCCUGCCUCCCAGGGGUGUAGCUAUAGGGGGUGCAGAGGUAGCAGUCACUACCGGGCCCAGGAGCCUGAUGGGGCCCAAAGACCCUUGUGCCUCAUAAGAAGACACCAGUAUUAUAGAAAGUGCAUGC